CCCGCGGGCAGAGCCGACGGCAAGCCCGGCGACGACUCCCGCAUCCGCCGGCCCAUGAACGCCUUCAUGGUGUGGGCCAAGGACGAGCGCAAGCGCCUGGCGCAGCAGAAUCCGGACCUGCACAACGCGGUGCUGAGCAAGAUGCUGGGCCAGUCGUGGAAAGCCCUGAGCACCAGCGACAAGCGCCCCUUCGUGGAGGAGGCAGAGAGGCUGAGGCUUCAGCAUCUGCAAGAUCACCCCAACUACAAGUACCGCCCAAGGAGAAAGAAGCAAGCCAAGAAAAUCAAGAGGAUGGAACCCAAUAUCCUUCUCCAUAACCUUUCCCAGCCUUGCAGUGACAGCUUCGGCAUGAAUCAUCACAGUGGCAGCCAGCCUGCCCACCACCAGCCUCCCCCACUGAACCACUUCAGAGAACUCCACUCCAUGGGGUCAGAUAUUGAAAACUAUGGCUUGCCAACUCCUGAGAUGUCUCCCUUGGAUGUCUUGGAACAGACCGAGCCAGCGUUUUUCCCUCCUCACAUGCAGGAGGACUGCAACAUGAUGCCCUUUAGAGGCUACCACCCCCAUCACCAGAUGGAGUUUCCCCAAGACAAGUCCAUUGGGCGGGACAUGGCGAUGCCGUACGCUCAGACCCCAUCGCAUUUGGCCGAUGCUAUGAGGACUCCCCACCCAUCUAGCAUAUACUACAACCAAAUAUGCUCUGGACCUCAGAAUGGCCUUUCUACCCAUCUGGGCCAGCUGUCACCCCCUCCUGAGUCCCACCACCUUGACAGUGUAGAUCACUUGAAUCAAACUGAGCUUUGGACAGAUGUUGACCGCAAUGAGUUUGACCAGUAUUUGAACAUGAGCAGGACUCGUCCUGAACCUUCAGGACUCCCUUACCAUGUCUCCCUGUCCAAAGUGACUCCUAGAAGUAUCUCCUGUGAGGAGAGCAGUUUGAUAUCUGCAUUGUCCGACGCCAGCAGUGCCGUCUACUAUAGCCCCUGCAUCACAGGUUAGACUUGUCCCGUUGUACAAUGUGUUUGCCCAGGAGAAUCUCAGGCCUACCAGAGCAGAGUCUCCUUUUAAAAAGAAAAGCCAUCUUCUUUUAACCAUGAGCUCCAUAAUAUUUAGAGUAUCUCAUUAAGUGCAUCGCUUUAAAAAAAACACAAACAAACCAUGCCGAAGUCACUGAUAUACCAUAUAACUAUAUAACACAGAUACGUUUUCCAAAGCGGAGGGCUAACUCGUGCACCAGGUCAGCCUAGGGCGCUCCACCUCUUAACCCUGCACCUUUUGGAGAAUACGGCAAAGCUUCAUACACAUUGUUUUAAGCAGGACAUAGCUGUCAUUUCCAACACCAAGUAGUUCUACCCUCUUUUUAGACACCCGACAGUGAAUCACGUCUAAAGCAAUCGUGAUCAGGGUUGCCCAACUUGGACUGCCUUCGUGUUUAAAUGAAGGGCAGGCUCAAUUGCAUGGAAAUUUGGGGGAAUGUCUCGAUGCAGUUGUUUUCAAGAUUGGGCACCUGCUUGUGACGUGCUUUAAUACGGUUUUCACUGUAUUAUCAGCAAUAUACUUUAAUUGGGCAACAAGACUAUAUUUUUACUAAGCAUUUUUAUAUAGAAAAUGAUAUUUAAUGUGUCUGGGGUUUUUUAUUAGACUUUUUUUAAAAAAAAUAAAUAAACCAAAGGAUAUCCAUGAGAUCUAAAGCAUUUAUGUAGCAAAGCUGGAUUAUUAUUAUUAUUUUUUUUUUUUUUAAGGAAAAAAAGUUUUGGAGAAAGGGAAUUACAGUGUAAAUGAUGUAGAACAAUUGACUGGAAUUUUUUGUACCAGAGAAUGUAUGUCUGCAAACACUUUUAUUAUCUAGAUCUGCGCGGCGAGCAAGUGAUCUUUAUCCUGGCUAAUUAAAACAUCUUCCUCUGAUUAUUUCCAUCUUGUGUGCUUGUUGUGUGAACACAUAUUUUCCGCAAAUAUAUGUUUUCCCAACCGUUGCCAGAUUUUUGUAUCAGUUGGUUCAUGCUUUGACAGCCUAGCAAUUGUAUUCAUUUUCAAAACUCACCCGCCAGCGCUGUCGACCAUGUAAAAGCUCUCCAAAUAAAGAUAAAUGGCAGGCGGCCGGGGUUCAGAGAGCGCUCACGGAUCCAGCCCUCGCUGCUGGGUCUUUCGAUACGCGCCCUGUCCUUGGCUCUUCCUCUGUAAGUGUAAGAGACGUGUUCUUCUGGAAAAGCAUCUGUUCUUGGAGAAAAGGCAUUGAAUAAAACAUGUGAUAUCCUUCUCUGGA